AUGUCCCCAACCACCCCCGCAAUCCUCCUCCUAGGAACAUGCGACACCAAACUCCCAGAACUCCUCUACACAAAAGCCCAAAUCGAAUCCACCAACGCAACAGUCCUCCUAAUGGACAUCAGCCGCAACCCAACCACCCACGAAGAAAUCGCCAUUCCCCAAAGCGCCCUAGUCACCUCUUCCUCCCCGUCAACCCCAAUCCCAGAUCUAACAACCCUCGCGCGGGCCGAGUACAUAACCACACUCACACCCUACGCCACGACAAAAGUAAUCGACCUCCACCAAUCGCACCAAAUCCACGGCAUCCUCGCCAUCGGCGGCUCAUGCGGCACAUCACUAGCAGCAGCAGUCAUGCGCGACGCGCUACCAGUCGGAUUCCCCAAACUAAUCGUCUCAACCAUGGCAUCGGGAGACGUGGGGCCGUAUAUUGGCGAAACGGAUAUCAGCAUGAUGUACAGCGUUGUUGAUAUCGCGGGCCGGAACCGUGUUUUGGAGGGUGUUCUUGAUAAUGCUGCUGGGGGGAUUGUCGGGAUGGCGAGUGCGUUUUUGAAACGAGAGCGGGGUGGGAAGGGGGUAGAGGUACCUUCAUCUUCUGGUGUGAGGAUUGGUAUAUCCAUGUUUGGGGUUACGACUCCUGGUGUCACGCGCGCGCGGGAACGUCUUGAGGAGGUCUUGCCUGGUUGUGAGGUUUAUGUUUUUCAUGCUACGGGGUCUGGGGGGAGGGCUUUGGAGAGACUUGUGAGGGAGGGGCGGAUUGAUGCGGUGCUUGAUUUGACGACUACGGAGAUUGCGGAUGAGGUUGUUGGUGGGGUUCUUAGUGCAGGGGAUGGACGGUUGACUGCGGCUACGAUGCGGGAUAUUCCGAGGGUUGUUAGUGUUGGGGCGUGUGAUAUGGUUAAUUUCGGGGAGGCGGGGAGUGUUCCUGCUGCUUUUGCGGGGGCUGGGAGGUUGUUCCAUGAGCACAAUGCGACUGUUACGCUUAUGAGGACUACUAAGAAGGAAUGUGCGGAUAUUGGGAUGUUUAUAGCGGGGAACUUGUUGCGGGAUUCGAGGGAUAGAAGACAAUUGAGGCGGACGAAGGUGGUUCUCCCUGUUGGUGGGGUGAGCAUGUUGGAUAUUCCUGGUCAGCCAUUCCACGACCCAAAGGCAGAUGAGGUAUUGUUUUCUACUUUGGAGAGGGAAUUGGAGGGCAGUGGGAUAUCAGUCGCGCGAGAUUUGCGUAACAUCAAUGAUCCCGACUUUGCAGUGAGGGUAGCAGAUGAACUGGCCAAAUUGAUCCGCGGAGAAUAG